UUACGGAGCAAGAUGGCGCUCUGGCUGUCAGCACCUCGGACAGCUCCGGCGGCAAAGACACCAAACUGAAGCUCUUUUUGCGCUUUUUGUGCUUCUUGACGUGUUUGCGAAAGAGUCCGGCGUGUGAAAGGUGAUGUUUGUGCGUCCAGGUGUCGCGUAAAAGUGUGCGUGAUUCUCUGCGGCCAAAAAAUUAAAAAAGAAGAGGAGGAGAAAUUCAAUCCAACUUAAAACCCCGCCAGCUCUCCAUCCUUCUACAGUCUACAUCUAGGAGUUGAUCUAAGCAGGAAUACAGACGAGACAUCGGCCUGCGGGUCGGCUUCACACCGGAGCAUCAAUGGACGGACGCGGAAUCGCCAAACGCCGGUUCGGAGAGGAGAAAUGAAGCCGCGUUCGGGGACCAGCGCUGCCUAGUUUUUCCGUCCCUCCGAUCUGAGCCCCCGUCAGUUCGCCUCUCGGUUUCUGAAGAUGCUCCUCCUGGUCAUGAUGAUGUCUUCGGUGUUCUUCAGCGCCGGCUUCGCCCGCAGCUCCCAUUUCAGCUCAGAUGGCGCUCCGCUGAGUGAGCUGUCCUGGUCGUCGUCGCUCGCCGUGGUGGCCAUCUCCUUCUCGGGCCUCUUCACCUUCGUCUUCCUCAUGCUGGCCUGCCUCUGCUGCAAGAAGGGCAAGAUCGGCUUCAAGGAAUUCAAGAAUGUGGACGGGGAGGAGUACCACGCAGACAUGUCCACCUUGGCCUCGCCGGCCUCCCAGGGCAGCCCGGACGUCUACAUCCUGCCGCUCACCGAGGUUUCCCUGCCGGUCGCCAAGCAACCAGCUCGAUCAGUCCAGCUCUUGAAGUCGUCAGAUCUGGGCCGCCACAGCCUCCUGUACCUGAAGGAGAUCGGGAAUGGCUGGUUCGGGAAGGUGCUGCUCGGGGAGGUGAACGCCGGCUUGAACACCACCCAGGUGGUGGUGAAGGAGCUGAAAGCCAGCGCCAGCGUGCAGGACCAGAUGCACUUCCUGGAGGAAGCACAGCCGUACCGCGCCCUCCUGCAUCCGGCUCUGCUGCACUGUUUGGCCCAGUGCACUGAAGUCACUCCAUACCUGCUGGUGAUGGAGUUUUGUCCACUGGGCGAUGUGAAAGGUUACCUCCGGAGCUGCAGGACCGCCGAAACCAUGACCCCCGAGCCCCUGAUCCUCCAGCGGAUGGCCUGCGACAUCGCCUCGGGACUCCUGCACCUGCACAAACACAACUUCACACACAGUGACCUGGCUCUGAGGAACUGCUUGUUGACUGCGGAUGUCUCGGUGAAGAUCGGAGAUUAUGGACUGUCCCACAACAAGUACAAGGAUGAUUACUACGUGACAUCGGAUCAGAUGUACGUUCCCUUACGCUGGAUCGCUCCGGAGCUGGUGGACGAGGUGCAUGGAAACCUGCUGGUGGCCGACCAGACCCAACCGAGCAACAUCUGGUCUCUAGGAGUCACUAUCUGGGAGCUCUUCGAGUUGGGAAACCAGCCGUACAGACAUUAUUCCGACAGACAGGUGCUGACCUACGCUGUGAGGGAGCAGCAGCUGCGACUUCCAAAACCGCUGCUCAAAGUGCCCCUGGCUGAGCGCUGGUAUGAGGUGAUGCAGUUCUGCUGGCUCCAACCCGAUCAGAGACCCAAUGCAGAAGAGGUCCACCUGCUGCUCAGCUACCUGUGUGCAAAGGGGGCCAGCGAGGCCGAGGAGGACUUCGAGAGGCGCUGGAACUCCCUGCGACCCAACACCGGAUUCAACAGCCACCGUGGUGCCUCGGCGAUGUCACGAGACCACCCCUCAUCAUCCUCCUCCUCUUUCCCUCUCCUCGAGCAGUUUUCAACCGGUGACGGCUAUCACUCAGAGUCCGGAGACGACAUACUAACAGUCACCGAGACAAGCCAUGGCCUGAACUUCGAAUACAAGUGGGAGCAAGCCAGGGCGGACCAGGCAUACAGAGCCCCGGACUCCUCCAGUACCUUGGGUCAGGUCAGCCAUCACUGUCAGGAAGCUUUUUACCCACCUGGGGGCAUUGUGGGAGGCUGCCCCAUGGAGAGCCUCAGCCAUGGGGUUUCUCCUUCUUACUAUCAACCAAAACACCUACAUGCUCCAGGUGUGCUGCCCGUCCUCAGUGCUCAUAGCCCCUCGGUAAGCAGUGAAUACUUCAUCCGGAUUGAGGAGCCAGUAGACUGUAACAUUGACCCAGACUACACCAUGUGCUCCUACAGCCCAGACUACCAGGGCAGCAGCGGCAGCUUCUUGACCGGGAGCGCAGACUCGGGUGAGUGCAUGGCCUGCCCAUCACAGGCUAAAAACAUUGCUCCCUAUUGGUCAGCAGACCUCCAUAAAACUGACAUAUAUGACUCCAAUGACUCAAGUCCAGCCAUCUCCCUGACAAUGGAGCCCCUUUUAGGCCAAGUGUCGGACAGCAGCCCCCUGCGACCCUGGGAGUCGAGUCACUAUGUGUCCUACAAAGACCAGGAUGGGGGUUACUACUAUGAGCACUCACCUCCUUUGGGGUUAGAUCACUAUCUGAUUGGAAGUGAGCCCUCCAGAAUGCACCAUCAGGAAAGCUGGGGGUCAAGAAGCUUGCGUCAGGCUUUGGGUGAGUUGGAGAACCCCCUCGGUAUAUCCCCAUCUGUGAACAGUCCACCUCAACAAGCCUACCGAGACACGUACCUGGACACAAGUCAAACCUCCAUCAUUGGAAAGAACGUGACUGGAGGCUACUAUGACAUGAUGGGUUCCCUGAGGAAGACGAUGCCCAGCCACACCAGACACAACAGCCACUCUGUCAGCAUCAACAUGGAGACCGAGGGGGCUCUAUUCAUUGGACACAGAGACAGCGAUUCAGAGGAGGAAGAGGACAUAUUUGUUGAGAGACACACCUGCAACACCUGGCCUUCGAAGCAUCGCCACAGCAGUGUUGGUCACCACAGACGGGCGAGCCACAGCUGUAGACAGGACACAUACGCUGAUUUCCACUACACAAUGCCGAGUACUGACAUUGAAGACUCCUGGCCAGAAGACCACAGCCUGGCCUACCACUCUCUACCCAAACCCAUCGACUACCUUGAGCCACACCAGGCCAAAGAUAACAGUGCCUGCCUCAGUCUGAGCAAACAUCAUGCAAUGGUGCCCUCAGACAACUGCAAUGGCUACAUCUACCUGUGCCAUGAAGGUGAGACUCAGGUGCCAGUAUCUGGAGAGUGCUGCCACUCGCAUUUUGUUGAUCCGCUCACUGGCUUGCUGGUCCGAAACAACAGCUAUUGUCACAGCUACAGUCACAGCAACUACAUCAGAGAUAAAGUAAUUGACAUCGCAAGCAAUGAAGAGAUGAUUGAUCUGUCUCCAGCCCCAGGUGGUCCCAUUAUUGCCAAACCUGCCCUGAUGAAGACUGAGGACUGUGGAGAGCAGUAUGUUGAUCUUACAACUGAUGUUACCCCACUUAAAGAGAAGAGGGAGGAUGUAAUCAAGAAAAAUCCAAUCAUGCAAAAACCGCUGGAGCCUAGAAAGGAAGAGGUUACCCUGACGAUGACUAAAGCCACACCCCCACCUCCAGCUGACAACAUGCAUGUCAUGGUGGCCAUCACAGAUCCACAGUCAGAGCUGAGUCAAACUGGCGAUAGUGGCGUCGAUCGUGACGGCUCCACCGUGAGCCUCGCUGAUAUCCUUGACUGCAGCGACGAUGAUGAAGAGGAAGACAUCACAGACGAUAUCACUGAUGUCACCUCGGGCAUCUUUGCUGAUGAGUCCUGCGAGCUAAACGCUUCUCCGGCCUUCAAGUCGCUGCAGAAGCAGGUAGGAACUCCUGAUUCCAUGGACUCCAUGGACCUGCCAUCUGCAGCCGGGUCUUGCGAAGGCUUCAGCCCUGCUUCCUCCCACCCGUCCAGCUCACCUAAAGCUAUGGACAGUGGAUACGACACAGAGAAUAAUGAGAGCCCUGAGUUUGUCCCCAAAGAGCCUCAUGAGCCCCGCGAACAGCCUCUGGGAAAACCUACCCUUGAUGCAAGCCUGGAGGAGGACGAGGAGCUGGAGGAACAUGGACUCGAGGCUGAAGUGGUGCCUGCGGAGGGUGAACCAUCACUGGGUGAGGAUUUGGCCUCACAGACAGGUGACCACAUUCUGUUACCGCUGAGUGACAAGACUCCAUACAGAGACUCGGCCUACUUCUCAGACUAUGAGAAUGAAAGGCAGAGUCGGGAUGAAGGAGAGGAACUCCAGCCGAGAGCCAUAGAUGAACAAAGUGUCGAGAAGAACCACCACAUUGGAGAAAAGAAGGCUGAGAAGAGGAAGAACGAAGAAGAGGAUGGCGUGGCAAACAAAGACAUAAAACUUGAAAUGAAACACACAUUAACAGAGUCCUCAUCUCCACUAGACAUGGAGGAGUUCUUGACAGAUGAGUGUUGCCAGGAUGAGGCUCUGGGGCCCUCUGACACCGCCUCAAUAACCGAGGGAGGACUGGACGAGUGGCCAUCCCAGGAAGAGAACUCAUCCUUGGGAGACUGGGCAGCCGAGGUGGUGGGAGCUAUGGAGGAAGCUCUUGGCGCCCUGAAUGGAGAUUGUGCCUCGAACAUUAAGGUGGAAGAAGAGGAAGCAGAAGAAAUAAAAGACUCCACUCCAGCUGGAGAGGAGCCGGUGAUCAAGACAAUUCAAAACCGGCCAUCAGGGAUAUCCAGUGAAAUCUCUCACACUUUACCCAAAGAUGAGGUGGCUUUGCAGCAUACGGCAAACACCAGGCGGUUUUCUUCCUCCUCACCUCCACCCCCGUCCACACCUCCACCACCACUCCCUGCAGCAGAGGGCCGAGCAUCUCCAGCUGAUGGGGAGGAGGCCGAUGAGGAGGACGGCGACACCGAUGACAGCGACGAGUCGGACGAGGAGCUACGAAGCUACAACGUCCAAGAACAGAGUGGCGGGGAGGAGAGCGAGGACGAGUGCCACCCGGUGCCCAUCGUGGUGAGCGACAACAGCGAAGCCCACAAACUGAGAAGCCUACUCAAGAUGCCGACGCUGCUCACUGUGGAGAGCCUGGAGGAGGAGUUUGAACGCAAGAAGAAGACUGUGUCAUUUUUUGACGAUGUUACCGUCUAUUUGUUUGAUCAGGAAAGCCCGACUAAAGAGCUGGCUGAGCAUGGCUUCCCUUUAGGAGCAGAAGGUCAGCGCUCACGAAGCAAAUCCCAAGAGAGGGUUAGCGCCUCUGAUGACUCCUCAGAUGGGAACAUCUCAGAGGAGAGUGCAGGGUACGAGUGGGAGGACGACUUCCCUCUGCUCCCUCUGCCAACGUCCUCAUCAACGUCCGACUCCCCUCCACCUCGCACCGUCACCAAAACCCCAGAGCCCAAACCGGCCGUGCAGUUCUCCCGCUUCACCGUCUCCCCCUCCAACGUUUCCCGGUUCUCCAUCACCCACAUCUCCGACUCCGAUAUGGACUCUGCAGGAGGAAGCAGCGAAGAUGGAGACAAAGAAUAAGGAGCUGCGGAUAUCUACUGCCUCUCUACGACAACAACUUGGCCUACUAGCAUGACUUCUGAUUUCAUUUUUAACAUCAGGUUUUAGAAACACAAGACAGUGCCUCUUACCUCCUGUGGACACUUUUGAAAGGUACGUCUUACCACGACGUAGGACCGGCUGAAGCCGUUUAGAAAAGAGAAUGGUUAAUAUAUAACGUUUCCAGAGUAAUAUAUACUGUAUGUAUGAUGAAUUUAUGAAACCAGGGGAUGCUUGUAUGUUGAAUUCUGCAUAUUUUUCUGGAUCAAAGAGACUAAGUGGAAGGACAGACCUUUGAAAAGCAUCACAUUUUUGCCACCUCUUUCACUUUUUCAUUUACGUUGGGAAGAAUCCAUAAGACUGUGGAGCCAACUGGAUAAUUUAAACUGUUGCGCAAAACCGUCGCCAACUUUUCAACAAAGGAUCAGCACUUUGAACAAGACUGUACAGACUCCACAGACUUUGUACUUUUUAGGAAAUGGUUUUACUUGCAUUCAUGAAGAUCAACGAGAAUCCUUGAGGUAUCACAAGUAAUAUAAUGUUAAUAUUUGGAGACAAAAGGACACAAUGGUGUGAAAGAAGAAAGCAAAGGGAAUCUUACUGGCUGUCUGGUUACAGAAUGUUUUCUUUUUUUUGAGGAAACAGGUGAUCAAACCUCGACAACCUAAUAAUUUGUGGCUUUUUUUCUUUCCUUGUUGCACCAGGACCACUACUGUACUGUUUUACAUGAAUAUCAUUCUCUCUACCAAACUGAGUGCCAGCACCACCAUCACAAACAAACCCCUCUUUACUGUAAGCAUCAGACACAACGAUGUGACAAGGAGUGACAGAAGUAAUUUCAGAUUUAACUCUUAUUAAAGGUUUUUUCCCUCCUUUUAAAUAUAGAAAUGCAUGGUUUGAAGUAACUAGAAAACAGUAUCUAUAAGAAUUUAUUGCUAAGAGACAGAAAGGAAGGGUUUUGGCAUAGAGACAGGCACACAUGGUCAUGGAAAUCCAUUUUAAUGCUACUUAUCCAAAAGAAACUGGCAUCGAGUGGAAAUAUUCAGGACUUGAGCUGCUACAGUUAAGCCCCAAAUUAUUCAUACCGAUGCCAAAUUUUGAUUAGCAGUGAUUUUUUAUUUAACCAGUUGGUUUCUUCUGAGUAAAAAUUACAUAAACAAGUGACAAAAGACAGCAAGACUUUGUGUUAAAGAUGUUUAUAAUGAAUUUUAACCAUUUCUAUGUCUUUUUUUUACAUGUUUACUACAUAAUAUUGUUAAUGAUUAUUCAAAUCCCGAGAAACUGUCGUCAAAUUUUGAGAAAAAGCAGCUUGUAUAUCAUUCCGAACAGUCCCGGGAGUUUGUACUGUGUUCUGGAGUGUUCAAAGACAUUAUACAUUGAAAACAGUUGACGUAGUAGUUCUCUAGUAAGUUGCAAGUUAUGGUCAAAACUCAGUGACUUACUUCUAUUGGAGUCUAUCAUUGAGAGAGAGCUGCUGCUAACGUGAUGGGAAAAGACUACAAAGCAGUUUUCAAACGUUUCUAAGUUCAAGAAGUUCCACACUGUGCAAAAAGCAAAGUAGGAAGACAAAAGUGAUCCCUGCACUGGUAAGAAUGGUAAAAGCCAAAAAGAGUCGAAGGACCAUCACCAAGACCUCCCUGAAUCUGAACGGUUCUGGUAACAACAUGUCAAAGCAAGAUGGAGUCCACAUCUCCAAAACAGACACACAAAGUUUGUGUUGUCUUUACAAAAACUCACUUGUUCCAGAGCAGAUUAUUCUCAUGAUGAUGGAUCAAAACAUGUAAAACAUCGAUUACUAAACACUCACCACCAUUUGUAUAAGAUCCAAGGGUGCUCAUUGCAUUAGUAGUGAAUAUAGAAAGCAAAAAGUGCCAUAAAUCAGUUUCAUUCUCACAAAUAUAUACUCUGUAACUCCCAUUAGUCAGUUAGAACUGAAGAAGCCUCUUGGAUGAGAGGUGAAAUGUCUUCAAGAACCUACAAGAGAAGUCUAGUUGAUUUCUACUGAAGCGCCUAUGAUUACCAUGACCCGGAUGACUGAGAAUUACACAGACAUACUGGAAAUAACAUUUAUUUUUAUGUCACUCAAACUUCUUAUCUGGGUGCGUUGCCAGUAUCCAUGUUAACAUACCAACACAUUUAAAACAUUGUCUGUAAUCAAUCAGUUCUUUUUGGAAAAAUGGUGUCACCAUUCGUAGAAGAUCCAGUGGACCUCAUUGCAUGAGUAGUGAGUAUGGAAAGCAAAAAAAUCCUCAGUUUGUUUGUGCAAAGUUGGAAAAAAAAACACUGUUUUUUACAUCACUCCAAAUAAAAUGAAAUUGAAGCUUGUGUAGCCUUUACAAAAGCUCACCUGGACAAAGAAGAAAGCUUUUGUCCUUUGAUGAGACAAAAAAUAAAUUUGUUUGAGAAACGUUUAACCACAAGAACACCAACCCUAAGGUCAAACAUGAUGGUGGGAUUGUAAUACUUUUGGGGGAGCUUUUCAGCCAAAAAGCACAAGAAAAACUUGUCCUUGGGAAGUAUUGGACUUUCUAGCUAGACAAAAGCCAGUGUAGUCAAGAAAUGGUCAACAGCAAACAAUAUCAGCAAACAAAAAGUUCUAGAGAUUGUCACAAAUCAGAAGUGGUUCAAUGAAGGCAUUCAAAAAGUUUGUUAGCAACUAUAAGGGCUGCUAAAUAAAGGCAUUACUUAGGAAGGAUAUCAAUAAUGUUGGACAUAAAUUAUCAUUAAUGUCUCUAACACAAUGUCUCACCAUCUUUUGUCACUUGUUUGUGUCAUGUUUGGACAGAAGAAACCUAAUGUUCAAAUUAAAAUUCACUAUAAAUCCAUGUUUAGCAUGGAUGUGAAUAAUUUGGGGUUUAACUGCACAUGAAAACACCAGUUCCAUAAUCAGGAUAUAAGCCAAUCUGAGUGGGCACUUGUAUAAUAUUGCACAUUUUCUGUAAUCUCGAUCGGUAGACAUGCUGGGAUUGUCUGUUUUUGGAAUAAUCCAGUGAAGUUACAUACCUGAAAAAUCGAGGUGCUUCAUCACAUUGAUGCAAAGAUCCUGUAAAUCCAGUAUCACCAGGCAGCAAUCGAGCUCACUGAUUUGCAACUUGAUCCUAUGUGGCAACCAAAAGGGACAGAUCAACCUUGGUAGAAACACUUUUCUUUGUCGGUAUGUCGUCAUAUUGCCUAAACCUAAAGGUGAAUACAUCAAACAAACACACACUGGCACAAAGGUAUUAAAAAAGGCUGUUCUGUUUUUGUUGACAUGGAGUUUUGUCUCAAUAAAUGUGCUUUUUGUGUUUGUAAAUCGCCACAUUCUACCGCA